AUGGCACGAUUAAGCUGCCACCUCGCAAAAGAGUCACUUGCCGGGCAAAAAUCGGCUAGACUUUGGAAGAGGGCAAAAGCCCAAUUAGAUUCUGAGUCUGAACUCAGUGACAUUGAAGAGGAGUCUUACAGGGAUGAUUCAGAGGUUGUUUCUGAUCCAGGCUCUGAUGCCUAUGAUGAGGAGACUGACCGUUCUAAGGAUACUUAG